CUGUGUAAACGUCUUGUUCAAACUAUCUGGUUCGACCUUAUCCGCUGUACUAUAUCUCAAAACACGCCCUUCUCCAUAAUGAUCAGGACUGGACAAAGUGAAAUUGCACCGCUCUCAGCUCCAUGACGCGCUCUCAGCAGAGGGGCGGCCUGCAGCGCAAUCGCUCCCAGCAAUUAAAUUGGGGAUUCCGCGCAUUGCCCUCGAUCCUUCCUGUUUCCGCUUCCUUCAAUUCUUUAUUCUUUAUAUCACGCUGGUCGUGCUGGGCUUAUUUUGUCACCACUUUCACUUUACAAUUCCAAGAAACGAUCAAUUCAAUUCUACCCUCGUCUCUUCAUUCGCUUUUACCCCAGAACUCCCAGGACCAACACUCCGCACACGAUUCAGACAACUUGCAAUGUUUGCACUCUCAGCUCUAGUCAACAUCUUCGCUAUUGGAUUGGCCACAGUCGACCUUAAAUCUCUUGGUAGUGGUUCUACCCCGACGGUAGCUGACCCUAUCCCUGUCGUCGAGCCUCGAUCCCGGAUUAUUGGUGCUCGGGAUGGUGGGUAUGGUCAGGAUGGUGGGGGUAAGGGUGGUGAUCGCUAUGGAGGAGGGAAGGGGGAUUGGGAUGCUGGCAAGCCGUCCAGUCAGGGAAAGCCUGGCCCGCCCCAGUUCCAGGUCGUGACCAAGUGCACGGUGAAGGAUACUGUUGCUUUGACGUUUGAUGAUGGACCGUAUCUCUACACGAAAGAUAUCGUUACGACUUUGAGUAACUCGAACGCGAAGGGGACUUUUUUCUUCAAUGGGAAAAACUUUGGCGGCUGUAUCUACGACCAGGAUAGAGCCGACGCUGUCAAGUACGCAUUCGAAAAAGGUCACCAGAUUGCUUCACAUACUUGGUCUCAUGCGAAUCUUGCACAGUUGGGAUGGGAUCAGAUCAACAACGAGCUGGAGAGAAUUGAUGACGCGAUUCAGAGGAUUAUUGGUGUAACACCCGCGUUUGUGCGCCCCCCCUAUGGUGCUUAUAACGACCUGGUCACUGGAGUUGCAAAUGGUCGGGGCCAGGCUAUCGUCAUCUCGGAGGACGCGAUUUCGGGCGCGUCUCUUCAGCAUUCCCAGGAUUUGUACGCGAACAUAGCCGCUAGACGUCCGGAUAGUAUCUUGACGCUGAACCAUGAAACCAACGAUUGGACUGCGCACCAGUUACUACCCUUCGCUAUUCAGAAGCUCCAAGCGGCCGGGUACCGCUUGGUUACUGUCGCUGAAUGCCUUGGUGUGGAACCGUACCAGAAGUACAAUGCACCUAUCACGAGAGAUCCAGAGAUGGUAUCCGCCUCCUCCUCUUCCUCGAGCGCGCAGACGAAUGGUGUAGAGCGGUUGUCGGAAGAGCUGAUCCAAGACAGCUUUCACAGCUAUUUGAAAUCGUCCUUGACGCAGGCGAAGGCGGAACGAUUGUUGGACGAGGAUUUGCUGAGCAGCGCUGAGGCUGAUUUGAUGAUCACAGGCCCAGCGCUAUGUCUCUACUUUGCAGCUCUGCGUUCGACGACCAACCCUCCUUCCGUUCCGCUACCCAGAGCCAAAGGGUCAACCAAGCAGCCUACCGACCUGUCCUAUGAAAAUUGCCCGCCGACGUUUAUUUCUUUCCUCAAAGUAUGGGCGAAGAACGUCCCCCUGAUCCAAGACCUCGCACCGGAGUACCAGCACGACCUCGCUCGAGUCAUCUGCGGCCUACCGCCCCUCUGCCAGCCUAUUAAUAUCACAAUAAACGGGAUUGCUGCGGAUUUGAGAGGGGUUGCUAUCGAGAUCAGCCAGAGGAGGUCGUUCCAGGACCGGUAUGCUGCCGCGCUGCAGGCUGCACUGGACGCGGGUGGACCUAGUCGGUCGUCGAAACGCGCCUCGUUCGUGCCUCCGCCCAUGUACGACACGGCCUCGACAUCGUCUACAGCCUCCACGUCGUCAUCUGUGCCCUCGUCCCCUCGAACCUCGCUGGAUGGUCCGCCCCUGCCUCCGCGGAAUCGCCCUCCGAAUAUCAACCCGUACCUCACGCCACCCAGCUCCGCUGGAUCGACAUCAUCUCUUCCACGGUCGCCAACAUCACCCUCGCUCCUCACCUUUGACUCCCCAGCUAUCGAAUUCAUCCGAGAAACGCUGUACGCCUCGCUCGCAGACCAGCUUGAACGAACACCCUCGCUGCGGCAGCUCCUCACCACUGAUCCAUCACGAGCGUACUACGGUUCCGUCGCGUUCGCUAUCCUCGACGUUUCGACACGCGCUAUCACAUCUGAAGGAGAGGUAGUAGGCGUCCUCGGUAAACGCCUCACCCUCGAAGAAUGCCCACCCCCUCUUCGACCCUUCAUGCUCGAGCUAAUCGGGAUCGGACGUGAAGCCCAGGAACUCGAAGAGGAAGACAACAACUUGGCGAUAAAGCUCGUUGCGCAGGACAAGGCCCCGCCAGCUACGCGGCUGGAGAGAGUGAAGCGCAUGUUGGAGUGUGGGAUUGGUGUGGAGAGGGAGACUGCGAACUCGCGCUCGAGUGUGGAGGGGAGGGCCGUGGCGUUUGCGAAUAGGAUUAAUGCGCUGGCGUUGGAGCUGACCAAGUUGAGGGCGUUUAGGGAUCGCCAGGAUCAUGUGUUUAAGGUGUUGGCUGGGAUUGGGAAGAUUUGACGAGUGGUUUUGAGCAGGGACACGACUUUUGAAUAGGGUCAGUUUUGUGAUUCGAGUUGCUUUCCGGUACUGUACUCUGCUUCAUAAUUCGUGGCUUAUUCUCGUACAUUGUAAUCUAUCGGUUGGACGACAGAACACUUGUAUUGAUAGCGCGUUUGUAGCUAACAGAUCGAAUAUUAGUUAAUGACCAUCGUGAUUUGGUUUU